AUGGGCAGGAAAAAAGAUUCUGUAGUGCAACGCAAAUCAGUUCUGUUGCAACUUAAAACUGUGUUAAAUGUUAUCGAUAACUCCGGUGUCCUUGCCGAGUGUAUUCGUGUGACAUAUUCGAGACCGGAUGGAAGAUAUAUCAGAUUUGAUAACAAUGCUUGCAUACUGUUGAAUAAUAAGUUGGAAUCUUUGGAUACUAGAAUACUCGGUGUGAUAGGGACAGAGUUGAGAGGGAAGAAGUGGGGAAAGGUCGUUAGUUUGGCUUCAAGUGUCAUUUGA